GGAGGAAUCCUCGCCGCAUUUAUAGUUCUAAUUCUUUUUUGAUUUGUUAUGUGUGAUUAAACAAUCGAAAUCUAUCGACCAUAACGUAAAAUUUUAUAUGAAUCAAAUUCAUGUUUAAAUUUUCCAGUUCGUUAGCUGAAUUUCGUUGGACUAUUUGCGCAUAAUUGCUCGCCUAAAGUGUUCAGAGCUACACGUCCUACAACAUGGAUAAUAAAAGGAAAGUUGGAAUCGUUGGAAGUGGUCUGAUAGGAGGCAGCUGGGCGAUGCUCUUCACGGCCGCGGGUUUCAAAGUCUACAUGUACGACAUCGACGAUAAACUGGUGGCUGACGCUCUGAAAGAUAUUCAGCGACAGCUGCAAAACCUGGAGAAGAUCGGCAUGCUGAGAGGGUCUGACGCUGCGGACGUACAAUUCAGUGGGAUCUCCGGAGGAACAAGUUUGGAGGAGUGCGUUAGAGGUUCAGUGUACGUGCAAGAAUGUGUUCCGGAGCAACUGUCUUUGAAAAGAAAGGUGUUCGAGCAACUGGACGCUGUUUUGGACGACGCAACCAUCGUGGCAUCAUCGACAUCCACGAUGGUGCCUUCGACCUUCAUGAGCGGCUUGAAGCACGCGCAGAACUGCCUCGUCUCUCACCCUGUGAACCCGCCUUACUUCGUUCCGGCGGUUGAAAUUGUUCCGAGUCCAUGGACCUCAGAAGCCGUUGUCUCUAAAACCGAGGACAUCAUGACCGAAAUUGGGCAAGAACCGAUCGUGUUCAAGAAGGAACACCCUGGCUUCGGUUUGAACAGAAUUCAGUACUCGAUCCUGAACGAAUGCUACCACCUGAUCAAGGACGGAGUGUUGUCAGCGGACGGCGUCGACAAGCUCAUGAAGUUUGGGCUGGGGCCGCGGUACGCCUGGAUGGGGCCCCUCGAAACUGCCGUGCUUAAUGCUGAAGGCAUGCGCAGCUACCUCGAGCGCUACUCGCACAUCAUGCACUCAGUGAGCGCCGACCUCAAGGGACCCGCUGACUGGAGCCUGCCAGCCGCUGAGCCCAUCAUCCAGCAGCUGGACCAGCUCUUCCCGCUCGAUAAACUCAAGGAGCGUCGCCAGUGGAGGGAUGAGAGGCUCAUCGCGUUCGCCGCCCUCCGCGACCAGAUGAAGAGGAAGGAGAAGAGCGACUAGUCUCGCUCCUCAUGAACCCAUCUUGAACGCUCCAAUUCUGGCGGAAACGCGAUACUCUUGAAGGGAAAUGUUGUAUCGACUAGAAUUCGAGUUCCCAUUUUCCAGCUAACUUAUCAAUCAGUACCAAGAGCUAAUCGUAAAAUUACCAGGCUCAUCAACCUUUGGUGGGCGAGAGUUUACUAUUGCAGCGAAUUAAGUUGAUGUAUUAAAGCGUAUGGAAAGCCGUUUUCUACUGAAUACAUCAUCUAUUUCCGUAACUUUUGAAUUAGUGACCGCUUACGACCCUACUAUUACAUAGCAGCGCACUUAUGUUGCUCGAAAAACAAUUUUUAAACUUCUGAUGUAAGUGUUGCUAUUCCGUUUCGUGAUGCAUCAUCAAAUAAUAAAGCCUUCUAUGACUCUGAUCUGACUGCAUCAUUGUCAUCAUUCUUUCCAUGUUCUUCUGAACUCUAAUAAUUAAGUGAGUGCUCUUCAUGCCAACUCUUACUAACAUCAUUACUUUCCUCAGAAAGUUUCCUUCAACAACUACACUAUCCAUAAUAUAUGUUAACACUAUCUAC